CCCCUUCCAGUCCCCCCACCCUCCUCCUCCUCUUCCCUCCUCUCUCUCCUUCCUCCUCCUCCUCCUCCAUACAGAUUAAUUCCACCCUGCAAUCCAGGCGGGAGGAGCCGGCAGCUGGGAGAGGCUGAUCCCUGCGGUGGCUAUGGCACUGCUGGGGAAGCUGUCUGAGGGGCUUCCAAAGAACUCCAGGUCUGACCAGUGGCACUUAGUCUUCUCUCAAAAAGAUGAAGUCAUCACCAGCUUAGUAUCUGCCUUAGAUUCUAUGUGUUCAGCACUUUCUAAACUCAACGCUGAGGUUGCCUGUAUCGCGGUCCACGAUGAAAACACCUUUGUCGUCGGGACGGAAAAAGGGAGGAUCUUCAUGAACACGAGGAAGGAGGUCCAAGCGGAUUUCAAGAAGUUCUGCAGAGUCCAACAGAGGAAAGAGCAGGAUCUGGAUGGCCAGAAGAAGCCCAAGGACUUUGGCCGGACCAUUCCCCGGAUCUCCCCGGACCAGGGAUCGGAUGUUUACCUUCUCAGGAAGAUGGUGGAAGAAGUCUUUGACGUGCUUUACAGCGAGGCCUUAGGGAAGAGCAGUGUGGUGCAACUCCCCUACGAGAAGUUCUUGAAAGAGCCUGGCUCUCUGAUGGUUGCUGGGCUGCCCGACGGGCUCACCUUCAGGAGGCCCGCCGAGUACGAUGCGAAAUCACUCAUGGCCAUCUUGGAGCACAGCCACAGCAUGUGCUUCAGGCUCAAAAGACCUCCUGAGGACUCCGCCUGGGACCCCAACCCUCCUGUUGAGGCGAGCGGCCCCGUCCAAAUGUCAAAGGGGAAUCGAGAGCCAGGGCUGAACCACGUGCACGCUAAGCCGGCCAACCUAGAGGCUCUUCCUGCGGUCACUACGAACAGCUUCCUGUACGGGGUGUCACUCCCUGCGCAGAUCGCCAUGGAGAUAAAGCAGGAGGGUCCUUCCGGACGGCACGGGAUGAGCACAGCUGGCGAGAUGCUGAGGCCCCGGCUGUCAGGAGAAGCGAAGGUGCCCUCGCCACAGGAGUUCGGUGACUGCUGUGGUCCAGGACAGAAAUCUGCUCUCCCCGGCGGUCCGCUCAUCCAGAACGUACACUCCUCCAAACGCAUUCUGUUCUCCAUAGUACACGACAAAUCAGAUAAAUGGGACGGUUUUAUAAAAGAAACCGAGGAUAUCAACACCCUGAGGGAAUGUGUGCAAAUUCUGUUCAACAGCAGAUAUGCUGAAGCUUUGGGGCUCGAUCACAUGGUCCCUGUCCCGUACCGGAAAAUUGCUUGCGACCCGGAAGCAGUAGAAAUCAUCGGCAUCCCUGACAAAAUCCCAUUCAAACGGCCCUGCACCUACGGAGUCCCCAAACUCAAGCGGAUAUUGGAAGAGAGGCACAACAUCCACUUCGUCAUCAAAAGGAUGUUUGAUGAAAGGAUCUUUACAGGAAGUAAAUUUACCAAAGAUUCAACCAAGAUAGAGCCAUCCAGCCCUUCUGGGGAAAUCUCUCCUGACCCGCACAGAAUGGCGUUUCUUGAUCUAGCAGGAACUUCACAGUCCAGUCAUAGAUCUGAAAAGUGCCCCAUUUCUGGAGAAUGUGAACCAGGUACUUCAGGAGAACUGGGAGGCAUAAAACGCAUCAAGAUAGAACCGGACGAAGUGGACAUCAUUCAAAUCACCGUUCCAGAUAAAGGGCCCAGCAAUGAUUUACAACAUAAUGAGAAGCAGAUGGAGGGCAAAGGUGAGUUUGGCCCGUUGCCUGGAUACCUGACGGAUCAUCUCCUCCAGUGCAGGCCUGCAGAUGGCGUCGGUGACGUUUUAAGUCACUUGAGGAAACAAGUAGAAAUUUUGUUCAACGCUAGUUACGCUAAAGCCAUAGGAAUUUCCGAGCCUGUCAAAGUCCCGUAUUCCAAGUUCCUGAUGUACCCGGAAGAUCUCUUUGUCGUGGGCUUGCCAGACGGGAUCUUGCUCAGGCGACCAAACUGCUUCGGGAUUGCGAAACUGAAAAAGAUCCUCCAGGCAAGCAGCAGUAUCCGGUUUGUUAUCAAGAAGCCAGAACUUCUUACGGAAGCAGUGAAGGAGACAGUUUCUGAUAGCCCAGGAACAAUAGCCAGUGAGAGAGACUCUAGUGAACGUCUUGUAGAGGAACCGGUGAAAAGACCAGGAUUUCAAGAAAAUUACGACACUCGGCUUUCGAGGAUAGAUAUUGCAAACACGCUAAGGGAACAGGUUCAAGAUCUGUUCAAUAAGAAGUAUGGUGAAGCGUUGGGCAUCAAGUACCCUGUCCAGGUUCCAUACAAGCGCAUCAAGAGCAACCCGGGCUCUGUGAUCAUCGACGGGCUGCCCCCGGGGAUCCCCUUCCGGAAGCCCUGCACCUUCGGCUCCCAGAACCUGGAGAGGAUAUUAGCCGUGGCAGACAAGAUCAAGUUCACGGUAACAAGGCCUUUCCAAGGACUCAUUCCCAAGCCUGCGCCUAGACGGAUUUCCACACUGGAAAAAGCUUACGCUGCUUUGCACGACGAGGACGACGCCAACCGCUUAGGCGAGAAGGUGAUUCUCCGAGAGCAAGUGAAGGAGCUCUUCAACGAAAAAUACGGAGAAGCUCUGGGCCUGAACCGACCCGUCCUGGUGCCAUACAAGUUGAUCAGGGACACUCCGGACGCCAUCGAAGUAACCGGCCUGCCGGACGACAUUCCCUUCCGAAACCCCAACACCUACGACAUCCACCGGCUGGAGAAGAUCCUCAAAGCCAGAGAUCGUAUCCGGAUGGCGGUUACCAACCAGCUCCAGCCCUUUGCAGACCUAGGAUCUGAGGCCAAACAGCCAGAAAACGAUGGCACCAUUCCCAAACGGAAGCGGAAGAGGAUUUCGGAAGGGAAUUCUGUGUCUUCCUCUUCAUCAUCAUCUUCCUCCUCCUCUUCAAAUCUGGAGUCCACGUCAUCAACCAACCAGAUCUCACUUGUGCAAUGGCCGAUGUACAUGUUGGACUACGGAGGUCUCAACGUUCAGAUCCCAGGACCGAUGAAUUAUUGAGACCUCAUUCACUGAAUUGGAACCUCAGAUUAUAUAACACACAAACACA